GAAACGGGACAGGUGGACCAAGAUUAGAAAAGGGGAGAAAGGUAGACGGAAGAAACGAGGGAUAUAGAACAAGAUAGAGACCGACCGACCGACCGGCGGCGGUGGAGGAAGGUAUUGCUCAAGUAGUGCUCUGUGUAUGGUGCAGUGCGGUGCUGUGCUCGAGAGAGAGAAUGGCGUGGACGGAUUUCGCGUGUAUCUCGCCGUGACGUGGGAAGUCAGCUUUGAAAGCGUGGGGUGCUAAGCCGAGGAAUGGAGGGAACGUGGCAGUGGGAGCAGCGAAAGCACUGCCAUAUCAUUCUGCUCAACUCUUCGUCGUACCUAAAGGAGAACCCGGAACAAGUUGCAGUUUCAGAUGAACGAAAACGACUGCACGAUUGCUGCGGCAAGGAAGCAGACAUCCUGAGGACAAGGGACCGCGUGCCAAGUCUGUAGCGUUCGGUCAGGAAGAGAGGGGCCCUCGUCAAGUAUCACUUUGGAAGGAGAAGAAAGAAGGGGGGUCGUAAUGGGCCCGGCAACCCAAAUUGUAUCUCACUGAGCGAUGCGAGUAAUUAGGGCCAGGGCCCUGCUAGUGAGCAUGUGGCUCACUAGAGAAUGAAGAAGCAAAACGUCCGGACUUUAUCAUUAAUCGUCUUCACGCUUACCUAUCUCCUCGUCGGUGCUGCGAUCUUCGACGUGCUCGAGUCCGAGACGGAGAAAUUACGCAAAGAAGCGUUAGAUGCCGUCGAGAAAAUGGUCAUACGAAAAUACAAUAUAAGCGCGGACGACUUCAAGAUCAUGGAAACAGUGGUGCUGAAGACAGAACCUCACAAAGCUGGCCAACAGUGGAAGUUCGCCGGCGCGUUUUAUUACGCCACAACGGUCCUCACCACGAUAGGUUACGGACACUCGACGCCGAGCACCAUAUACGGCAAAUUGUUCACGAUGUGCUACGCGAUCAUCGGUAUCCCAUUAGGACUCGUAAUGUUCCAGAGUAUAGGAGAACGCGUGAAUAAGUUCUCGUCAGUCGUAAUACGGAACAUAAAGACGAUUCUAAACUGUAGGGACGUCCAGGCCUCGGAGAUAAAUCUCAUCUGCGUGGUAACGACGUUGUCGUGCCUGACUAUCGCCGGCGGCGCCGCCGCGUUCUCCAGGUACGAGGGGUGGUCCUACUUCGAUUCCAUUUACUAUUGCUUCAUCACCUUGACGACAAUCGGUUUCGGCGACAUGGUCGCGCUGCAGAAGGACAACGCGCUCAACCAGAAGCCCGAGUACGUGAUGUUCGCCCUAAUAUUUAUUCUCUUCGGCUUGGCGAUCGUGGCGGCCUCGCUUAAUUUGCUGGUAUUGAGAUUCGUGACUAUGAACACGGAGGAUGAAAGACGAGACGAAGCCGAAGCGUUACAGGCGGCCCAGGGCGCGGUGCGUCUCGAGGGCGAUGUGAUAACGGCGAACGGCUCGAUACUGUCCGGCCAACUUGGCAAUCACGGGAACGUGAUGUCAUUGGACGACGAGGCGUCGGUGUGCAGCUGCCGAUGCAGCGGCUUCCAGAGGAAGCGACGGAGACAGCGUUUCACGGUGCGUCGCUCGCCGGGCAAGAUCUCGCACUUGCUGCAGAUGCAACAGAUGUCGGCGUCGUCGAGCGUGCGGGACGGCGAGCCGUUGCCGCCGCCGCUCGUCCCGUUGCUGCCGUUACCGCCGCUGUAUCAGCACCGCGCCAGCAUCUGACGUUGCUCUGCUGCGAGGAGUGCGAUACUCCUGGACGAGCAGCAGAAUUAUUACCACGAGCAGCCGCGGCGGGUGUCCGUCUGAGGGGAGCGUGUGCCUCUGCCUGGCAGCUGGCGACUUCAACGAAUUUCAAUCGUCGUCGAGACGCGCUAUCAUCACCGCCACGAGUUCUCUUUUUCUCGCUCUUUCUCUCUUUCUCCUCUUCUCUCUUUCUCUCUCUCUCUCCCUUUUUCGCGUUCCGCUCUCGUCGAGCGAGUGUAAGAUUUUGUAUAGAUAGUCGAGAGAUCGGGAUCGGUUAGAAAUCGGAUCGCUGGAACUGUACAAUUUGGAUCGCGGAGUAACGACGGCGCCGGAUGCUUCUCCUCAACGAAAAUGUCUUGUCGUUUCGCGACGCGCGUACCCGCGCGCGACAACGUAUAACUCUUCCAUUUCGCUAUCGUAUCCGAGUUUAAUUCACGUUCGCGUAGCCGAGAAAUAUUAGGAUACUCGAUGUGCGAUGAAUGAAUUUCCGAUGCGUCUCCGCCACCGAGUGAGAAUACGACGAGUGAGAAAGCGAGAAUUGGGGCUCGGGAUGCCGAGAGACGUGGCUUUCCGUUCUGACGCUCUAGAUAAAUGGCUGUGUCGUUCGCCGGCAUCAUUGAGUGCGACGUGCGAUGAGAUUCUACACCGAUAUGAUAAGUCCGUAGCGACGUAGCUUACUUUUAGUCCUAAUGAUAAGUUUAUCUUCAAUCCUUUCUAGCCGAAGUUAUUAUAUUUUUCGCGAGAAGGAAUAUUACAUGUGUAAGGAUAUUUGCUGAAAUAUAACGUGUAAAAAAUAAGUACAGGCUCUCGCGUCUCCUUUUACAUUUAACAAUUUUCUUCGCCGAUUUGAGAUUAAUCUUUCCUCGAAAUAAAAAUUCGAUCGCAUUCCGUGACAAGUAUAAUACUCUCAAAGUAUAAUACACAUAUUAGAGCUCGAGAUUUCGAACAUCAGCUAGAGUACCGGCUUAGAGUACCGAGCGAGUAUAAUCCUUGCGCUCGCUUUCUGAUAUUCUCAUAUUUAUUCACCUCCUUAAGAGUAGUCCUACGAAUAGAACGAAGUAAUGUUGGAAUCACGUCGCAGGUGCGAUUACGCGGUGAACUGACUUUGAAAAGACACACGCAAACACACACACACACACACAUACACACACACACACACGCAUGUACAAAAGGCUGUGCGCGGGGAUAAUUAUGUAUCUUGCGAUCGAGAGGUACUCUCUGCGAAGACACGAAAAACGCGUUCGCGUGGGAAGGACGAAAGGGAGCGAAUGUGCGACGGGGUACAAAUGUCGGUGAGCGAAAUCACGAGCGAGUGCGAGCGAGUAUGCAUGGGAAUAUGUCGUCUGUGUGCAAAAAAAUGUAAGAAUGCGUGAAAAAAAAAUGCGAAUGCUAAAUAUACAUUCACGUUCUCGUGGGAGAGAGAGAAAAAUAUUACUAUACAGAGAUAUAAAUA